CUGGCGCACGGCGGAGGGAAGAAAAGGAAAAAAAAUCCCCAAAACACCCAAGAACGUAGAAGAUGGUGUGGGGGCGAGGGAGAGGAGGAGGCGACGCUGGAGCGGGAGGAUGCCCGGGAGGCGGCGGGGCCGGGCCGGCUGCGGCGGCUGCCCGGGGCCGGCGGGGUCGUGCCGGGCAGGUACCGGGAGCGGCCGGGAGCCGGCAGCGGCCGGGUCGAGCCCCUGGCACCGGGCGGUGCUGCGGGGGCAGCGGCGGCCCCGGCCCCGCUGGUGCUGCGGCUCCUCCUUGGGUACCUGCUUCAGGAAGGGACAGAACAAGAAAGCACCAUGUCUUCAGUCUCAGCUUAUUACAAUGGGAAGACCGUACUUAUCACAGGAGCUACAGGUUUCAUGGGCAAGGUACUGGUGGAAAAGCUUCUGCGCUCCAGUCCUGAAGUGAAAGCAGUUUAUAUUCUUGUCAGGCCAAAGGCUGGACAGUCAAUGCAAGAGAGAGUGGCCAACAUGCUGAAAUGUAAGGUCUUUGACAGGGUCCGAGAAGAUUGCCCUAAUUUCCACGAGAAGAUUAAACCUAUUAAUGCUGAACUCACUCAGCCCAAGCUGGCCAUCAGUGCUGAAGACGAGGAGGAGCUUCUGACCCGGGUCAAUGUUGUCUUCCACUGUGCAGCCACAGUUCGCUUUGACGAGCCCCUCAAGCAUGCCCUGCAGCUGAACGUGAUGGGCACGCAGCGGCUCCUCGAGCUGGCCCGGCAGAUGCGGAACCUCGAGGCCUUCAUCCACAUCUCCACUGCCUAUGCAAACUGCGUCCGGAAAUGCAUCGAGGAGAUCAUCUACCCACCCCCAGCCGAGCCCCAGAAGCUCUUUGAUUUAGUAGAGUGGUUGGAUGAAUCCAUCAUUCAAGACAUCACACCCAAGCUGCUUGGGGAGUGGCCCAACACUUACACCUACACCAAAGCCUUGUCAGAGUACCUGAUUCAGCAAGAGAAAGGAAACUUGAACAUUGCUAUCAUCAGGCCAUCCAUCGUGGGAGCCAGCUGGCAUGAGCCUUUCCCAGGUUGGAUUGACAACUUCAACGGGACCAGUGGAAUAUUUAUUGCGGCAGGCAAAGGGAUCCUGCGGACUGUCAUCGCCAACAACGAAGCGGUGGCAGACAUGAUUCCCGUCGACGUCGCCAUCAACCUGACUCUGGCAGCCGGGUGGUACACGGCCGUGCACAGACCAAAAAACCUGUUGGUGUACAACUGCACAACAGGGGGAAUCAACCCUUUCUUCUGGGGAGAAAUGGGGCAGUACGUCAUGUCCACGUUCAAAAGGAACCCCCUGGAGCAGGCCUUCCGAACACCCAACGCUCACAUGACCUCCAGCUACCUGAUCAACCAGUACUGGAUCACAGUCAGCCACAAGGCACCCGCCAUCCUCUACGACCUGUACAUGAGGCUCACGGGGAGAAAGCCCAGAAUGAUGAAGAUUAUCAAUCGGCUGCACAAGUCUAUGACACUCCUGCAGUAUUUCUCCACCCAGUCCUGGAACUGGUCUUCAGAUAAUAUGAAUAUGUUAAUGAGUCACCUUAACACAGAGGACAGAAAGUUAUACAACUUUGAUGUUCGCCAGCUGCACUGGUCAGAGUACAUUGAGAGCUACUGCAUAGGUGCUAAGAAGUACUUGCUAAAUGAGGACAUGGCUGGAAUUCCAGCAGCAAAGCAGCAUCUACGCAAGCUGAGGAACAUCCGAUACGCGUUCAACACCACCCUCCUUGUGAUCAUCUGGCGCAUCUUCAUCGCGAGGUCGCAGAUGGCUCGAAACAUCUGGUACUUUGUGGUGAGCCUCUGCUACAAGUUCCUGUCCUACUUCAGGGCAUCUAGCACCCUCAGGCACUGAAGCCAUUCAUCAGCAACCAGCCUCUUCCAGAAGGACCUCCAUCUCCUCUAAUCAGCAACUGUGGGCAUCGGGGUUUGAAAGUAGCAGAAAAAUCCACUCUCUCCAACAGCAGCUGGCACUUAUUGUACACUGCUACAUGCUCACCUUUUUAAUUUUAACUAAUGCUUUAAUAUAUGGUCUUUUUUCCAUAGGACCAGGCCAAUUUUUAAAGCCAUAACUGAAGCUUUAGGAACAGGUCAAGCUGGGACCUCUCAUCUAAAGUCUGAUGUGCAAGAGUAAGGAUUAACCAAAGUCAUUGUCUUCCCAUGUACUACUCCUUAGGCUAUCUUAAUCCCAUCUUUUUCCUCAAGAGAGGCAAAUUUAAAGCACGAUCUUGGAAGAUGAGAAUGCCACCAGAGGAGACCCAGCUGAGGAAAUUAACCUGUAAGAGGUCUUCCUAAAGCAGCUGUUCAUUCAUUCUCAUUCAGUGAAAUGGUACCUUACUGAAAAAACAAGACUACAUGUUCUCAGUUUUUCAAAACUUAGGAGGGGGAAACAUCAGUCAUAUGAGGCCAGUGAACACACAGACCAGUUUUCAGAUCUUGUCUUGUAUUGUUGCUGAGGACUGAUGCUUUCAAGCCAUACCUGAAGACACACAUAGAAUUCAUGUACCUGUGUUAACUCUGCUCACUCACAAGCUGCUUUCUUACAGAGAGGUCGUCUUUUCUCCCUGUGGUUAAGGUUUCAGUCUGUUAAAAAAUUCCUGGUCUUGCAUUUAUCACAUUUGCUUGGGACCUUUUGGGGGUCUUGAAAAAUGCUGUAUUAACCCUGAGAAUGAAGAGAAGACUUCAUAAAAUUCAGAAGAAAAAUACAGAAACGUGUCAUUAUUUUUGAAGUAUGGGUCUUUUCUUCCCCUGCAGGAAAUCUCUCCCUGUCGCUCAAAACCAGCCAGAUACUGGGCUUUCAUUAUAGCUAAAUCAUUUUGCAGUUGAUUAUUUCCAGUGGCAAAGAAAGUGUAAAGACACACAUGGAGGAAACAUCAUUGGGCCUGUUCUACUGCCAUUCCUGUCAGGAGGCAUUAAAAAGUCUGAAACUUGUUUUUCUUGAGAAUAGGUUAAAUGUUGGAUUUAAUGAUCUUAAAGGUCUUUUCUGACCUAAGCAGCUCUGUGAUUCUUUGACUUCUCUGUAAGAACAGUCAUGCAGCUGUGAAGGUAACACACUUUGUCCUGCAGUUUAGAAUUUUCAGAAUUUGAUUUUUCAGAGUUUUAGAAUUCAAUUGCAGUUUAGAAAGGAAGCCAAGGACCUUCCCAAUGCUCAUGGCUGUUGGAGAUCCUUGUUUCUUGUAGUGAAUUAUAAAUUCCCGUGGGGCCAGAGAGAGAGAGCAUUCUUGAAAGUAGCUGGUGUAACAGCAGCAACAAAUUUACUGCACUGUCAGAUUUUCAGAGUCAAAUCUUACAAUGAAAUAUUAUUUAUUCAGAUAACACUGAAUAAGCACUUCUAAGAUGAUCAGUCUUCAAUGCAGCACCCAGUUUCUCUAAUCUUGUGUCAUGCCAGCUGUCUGAAAAAGUAAUGCUACACAAAAAACACAACAAAGUGACACAGUUGCUCUUUUGUGAGCUGAGAAGAGCAGAGAAUUUGCAAACCGGCAUUCCUGAAAAAUUAUACUUGGUUUUGGUAAUGAAGGUAAGAGCAGAUUUUGACAGUGCAUUUAUAUCUGAGCCCUUCAAGCUAGUUCAGAAAUCUUUCUAGAGGUUCAAGGAAUGAAUCUUGCCCUGUAUGCCCCAGAUGUCUGAUUCCAAGCGAUUGCCUACGGGUGCCUGCAGCAAAACCUGACCAGAAGUGUGCUGUCCAGUAUGGCAGGGCUCUGGCAUUGCCUGCCACAGACCUCUGUAUUUGUCACACACUGCUUUUGAUCUGUGCUUAAAUAGGUCAAGCACCCAGUUUACAAAGAUGCAAAUUUCUGAAGCCCUUGCCUUGGAAAUGUGCUUCCUGUAGUGAAACUGGUUGUUGUGCUUGUGUUUUCCAGCUUCAGGGCAAUGCUGUGCAAGGUGUCACCACCUGGGAAACCUGAAACUGUGCAUUCAGGGGCUGGGGACCAACGUUCCCUGUCCAGUGCUGCCACAGCAAUAUUUUGGGGAAGGUUGUGGCAUUGUAGUUUGCUACCUUGGUGGGGCUGAGGCAGGUUGCUGCAGGGAUUCCUCCAGGAAGAGUGCAUUCCCUCAGUUACAUCAUUUGGUCAUCAGGCAGCUUGCAGUCCUCAUAGGAAAGGCUAAAACACAAAGCAAACCAAAACUGUAGAUCACUUUGAAACAAACUUCCACUCAAACAUCAGGAAAUCAUUUCAAAACUUAUCCUGAAAGUCUGUUUAAGUGCCUGCCUUAUGGACAAGCAGAAGCAACACUAAAGGGGAUCAUAAGUCUUGGGCUGUGCUUGUGAUAGACAAAAGCUUGGGUCUCAGAAAAGUCAAAGGUGCAGAGCUGCUACAACACCAGUCAGCUCUCCUGAGAGUAAAGUGCCCCACCUUUUCUUCCCCUCCCCUACUCAUGCCAGGAAUUCCUCACAAUAUGCCGGUAGGCAUUCACAGUUGUGUGCACAGGCUGUAUUGUCCCCACAAGCCUGAAGUGUAUUUUUUGCUCCCCUGAGCAUAUCCAGACCUGGUUUUCUGAACACACAAAAAGGUGCUGCAUUCAAAACAGUGGUGGUGUGUCAUUUUAAGGCUCUUCAGCAUUUUGCUGAAGGAAACAGCUGCAGAAAAGCUACUCAGCCCCAAAAAAACAGCAAGAGUUGUUUGGGUUGGGAAAACAGAGCUGCUGCAGAUGGUGUCUGCUCUUCUGGAGACCUUUCGUAGCCCACACAGCAUUGCCAGCAGCUGGCUCCAGAGCUCUGGCCGUGCCUGGGGUGGAUCAAGCUGUUAGCUUGUUUUAACACACAUGUAACAUCAAGGGGAACUUGAAUCUUUAAUCAAUUUUCUUGUGGCCUGAGAUGUUUCCAGCUGAUUGUCUGAAGCACGGACACAUUUCAGAAAGCCUCGGUGCAGGAGCUGAUGUGUGGCAGUGGCCCUUGAGUGCCAGUUGUGACUGUCAUCGUGGGGAGCUGGGCAUAAGAACUUGUUUUUGCCUCAAGCUGUGGCUGAUGUUAAAUGGUUUACUUUGUGCUUCUCAGUGGAUUUGUUUGUGCUCUGAAGAAACCCAAGCCUUGGGGAAGAUAAUCUGAAAGAAAACACUGAAUAUCAUUUCACCAUCAGCAAUAGGCAGAAGCUUGCAAUUAACAAGUAUCUUUUUUUAAUUAAAUGGUGAUAACAAAACAAACAAACCACAACAAAUCCCUACAAUUAAUCCGUGUUUUAACUGCUUUUGAACAACAACCAAAGCUGUUUAUCAUCAGCAUGUUCCUAAAAAAAUUUAAUUUCUUACCCCUCCACCCUCCUCUGUUCCAUGUUAAGAAAAAAAAUUUCCACAGUAGGGAGGGAGAGGUAACAGACCCACUGAUAAAUCACAGGUUGUUGGCCCAUUACCCACCUCCUACAGAAAUGUGUUCUUUUACAUUUUCUAAGGAAACAUGAGUAGAUCUGCCUCUGCGUACAGCUGCAUCUUCCAGCACCAGACAGUAACCAGACAACAUGGUAAAAGCAGUGGAGCUUAUCCUGCAGUGCGAGGCUGUGCUUGUUUGGAGUGCCCUGUUCCACUUCAGUUUACCACAAAGCAAUUAAAACAUACCCUCGUUUCCAGUGUAAAAGGAACAUAACCUGUAGCUGUUAAUCGAGUCUUUAUAAUAAGCAACUGGGAAAAGAGGGAGGGGGGCAUCCUUUUAUUUGUAAAUAAGCUACAGCUUCAUGGUUGAAAGCAUGCUGUUGCUCUUCCAGCAUUGACUACCGCUGAAAGCAAGGAUGAACUUUCAGUACAACUUUAGUACAGUGGGACCCCUUAUUCUAGCACAGAGCAAAUAACAUUCCCCAGAAGGUAAAUGGUGAACAUCCCAUUACAUGGUGCUAAAUAUUGGUAUGAAGGUGGUACAGAUUUACUUAAAGAGAAUUAAAAUCCAGAAAAUAAAGUGUAUUUGGGGAAUAAAGAUGUACUGUCCCACUUUUCUCCAUUGCUUAAAAGCCAAUUAUGAAUUGUUUUUUCAGAUGAAUAUGAAGCCACUUAGAAAAGGUUUCUUGUCCUUACACGAUCUUGGCAGACCCCAGUUUAUAGUAAAAUAUGUACUCUCCCACUGCCCAGAGUUUCUACGGUUCUAUCUGCUAUUUCUAUCCUCUUGUUAGCUAUGAGACAACUUCCUGUUACAAAUCUUAAUUACAGAGUUUCUAAUGUUAAGGCGUAACCUUUUGAGCUCUCAAAUCAGAUAAAAUUGUCAAACCACAAAUUGCGUGAACCUCAGCCAUAAAAUUGUUAAUAUGAUGUUUAUGUUAUUUGAAACAUUUAAUAAAACAAAAUAUUUUAAUGCUA